CUCCAGCCACUCACCACCGCAGCCAGCGCCACCGCGGCCGCCGCCAAUGAAAUUCCUCCCGCUUCUAGUGUGUUUCUCCACUUUAUUGAAUUGCUUCUAUACUCAAAAUUGCACCAAAACACCCUGUCUGCCAAAUGCAAAAUGUGAAAUUCGCAAUGGAGCUGAAGCUUGCUACUGCAAUGUGGGCUAUUCAGGAAAUGGUGUCACCAUUUGUGAAGAUGAUAAUGAGUGUGGAAAUUUAACCCAGUCCUGUGGUGAAAAUGCUAACUGCACUAACACGGAGGGAAGUUAUUACUGUAUGUGUGCCUCUGGGUUUAAAUCCAGCAGUAAUCAAGACAGGUUUAUUACUAAUGAUGGGACCCUUUGCAUAGAUAUAGAUGAGUGCAGUGAAGCUGUUGUCUGUGGUGAUCAUGCAAUAUGUGAAAAUGUGAAUGGCGGGUUUCACUGUAUUUGCCAGGAUGGUUAUCAGACAGCUACAGGAAAGUCACAAUUCACACCUGAUGAAGGCUCAUCCUGCCAAGAAAAUGUGAAUGCAAAUUGCCAUUUGGAUAAUGCCUGUAUUGCUACAAGUGUUAAGAAAACUUGGAAGAAAUUGGGACACACAGAUGACCCUGUGACUUUGCUACAUGAAAUUUAUAGAAAUUCUAGGACAGAACUUUCACUAAUGGAUAUAAUUACAUACAUAGAAAUAUUAGCUGAAUCAUCUCCACUCCUAGGUCAUGUGAAUAACUCUAUCUCAGCCAAGCACACCCCUUCUAAUUCAACCCUUACUGAAUUUGUAAAAACCAUGAAUAACUUGAUUCAAAAGAAUACAUUUGCAAUUUGGGACAAAUUAUCAAUGAAUCAUAGAAGGACUCAUCUUACAAAACUCCUGCAUAGUGCUGAGCAAGCUACUUUAGGAAUUUCUAAGAACUUCCAAAAGACCACCCAGUUUGAUGCAAAAUCAACUGAUGUAGCUCUCAAGGUCUUCUUUUUUGAUUCAAAUCAUAUGAAACAUAUCCAUCCUCAUAUGAAUGUGGAAGGAGAUUAUAUAAAAAUAUUUCCAAAGAGGAAUACUGCAUAUGAUUCAGAUGGCAAUGUUGCAGUUGCAUUUUUUUAUUACAAGAGUAUUGGCCCCUUGCUUUCCUCAUCUGACCAUUUCUUACUGGAACCUGGUGAAAAUUUUGAGGAGGAAGAGCACGUCAUCUCUUCAGUAGUUUCUGCUUCAGUCACCUCAAACCCAUCCACACUGUAUGAACUUGAAAAAAUUGCAUUUACAUUGAGUCACAGAAAGAUUAAAGAUAAGUAUAGGACUCAAUGUGUAUUUUGGAACUACUCACCUGAUGCCAUGAAUGGCAGCUGGUCUUCAGAAGGCUGUGAGCUAACAUAUGCAAAUGAAACCCACACUUCAUGUCGUUGUAAUCACCUGACACAUUUCGCAAUUUUGAUGUCUUCUAGUACUGAAAUUGGUAUUAAAGAUUAUAAUAUCCUCACAAGGAUCACGCAGCUCGGAAUAAUUAUUUCACUGAUUUGUCUUGCCAUAUGCAUUUUUACCUUCUGGUUCUUCAGUGAAAUUCAGAGCACCAGGACAACAAUUCACAAAAAUCUGUGCUGCAGCCUAUUCCUGGCAGAACUUGUUUUUCUUGUUGGGAUCAAUAUAAACACUAAUAAGCUCUUCUGUUCGAUCAUUGCGGGGAUACUCCAUUACUUCUUCCUAGCUGCUUUUGCGUGGAUGUGCAUUGAGGGCAUCCAUCUCUAUCUCAUCGUCGUGGGAGUCAUUUACAACAAGGGAUUUUUGCACAAGAAUUUUUAUAUCUUUGGCUAUCUCAGCCCAGCGGUGGUAGUGGGAUUUUCAGCAGCAUUGGGAUAUAGAUAUUACGGCACCACCAAAGUAUGUUGGCUUAGCACAGAAAACAACUUUAUUUGGAGUUUUAUAGGACCAGCAUGUCUAAUCAUUCUUGUGAAUCUCUUGGCUUUCGGAGUUAUCAUAUACAAAGUUUUUCGUCACACUGCUGGCUUGAAGCCAGAAGUUAGUUGCUAUGAGAAUAUAAGGUCUUGUGCAAGAGGAGCUCUUGCUCUCCUUUUCCUCCUUGGCACCACAUGGAUCUUUGGGGUUCUGCAUGUGGUCCAUGCCUCCGUGGUGACCGCUUACCUCUUCACUGUCAGCAAUGCCUUCCAGGGAAUGUUCAUUUUCUUAUUCCUCUGUGUUUUAUCCAGAAAGAUUCAAGAGGAGUAUUAUAGAUUGUUCAAAAACGUCCCUUGUUGUUUUGGAUGUUUAAGGUAAACAUGGAGAACUAUGGAGAAUUACAACUGCAAAGAAACUAAAACCCCAGGCUGUGGAGGACCAGUAUAUAAAUAUCACUAAUCCUAAUAUAAAGUUACUAGCUCCUUGGUAGUUGUACAUUAAAUCAGUUUUUCAGUUUACAUCUUGAGAACUGUAGAUUAUUAGGUAAGAUUAUAUACCACAUAUCUAUAGUGUGUUUUCCUACAUGACAUAGUUAAUUAUGUCAAAAAUAGUACUGCAGAUAUUUGGAAAGUAAUUGGUUUCUCAGGAGUGAUAUCACUGCGCCCAAGGAAAGAUUUUCUUUUCUAACACAUGAAAUAUACGAAUGUCCUGAAGGAAACCAUGGCUUGAUAUUUUUGUGACGCAUGUUGCCUUUGAAACGAGUCCCCUACCACCUUGGUAAUGAGCUCUGUUACAGAAAGCAGAGCAUAAGAGAAAGAAGUGACAGAAUAUGAAAAAGGAAAAGUGAAAUGGCUAUUAUAACAAAAAGUUGUACUUUGAAUAAACUUGUUUUUCUGCAAACUGGAUGAAAAUUUUUGAGGUAAAAUAAAGAAUUGAAUAAAUACA